AUGGAGGAUGCACUUUCUUCAUCACCUUCUCUUUGUCCAGUUGUUCAUGACAUGAAUCUUGAAAACAGAGGAGGAAGAAAUGAGUUUUUCCCUGAAGAUUCAUUUAAGAGUUGGGGUGAUUAUGGAAAAGCGUUUAUGAAAACACCAUUUCGGUUGAAAGAUAGAAUGUUUACACGUUCUAAAGAUUACAUGGAAAUUGUUGAAAUGAAAGCUAGAAGUAACCAUCAAAUGAAGAAGACACUAAGUUGGUGGGAUCUUAUUUGGUUUGGAAUUGGAGCUGUUGUAGGUUCUGGAAUUUUCGUUCUAACCGGACUUGAAGCUCGUGAGGAGGCAGGUCCAGCCGUUGUUUUGUCGUAUGUUGUCUCCGGUACCGCGGCUUUGCUGUCGGUUUUCUGUUACACCGAAUUUGCUGUCGAAAUUCCUGUUGCAGGUGGGUCAUUUGCAUACUUAAGAGUAGAACUAGGAGACUUUGUGGCCUUUAUAGCCGCCGGAAACAUACUCCUUGAAUAUGUUAUAGGAGCAGCGGCCGUAGCUCGGUCAUGGACCUCUUAUUUCGCCAACCUAUGCAACAAAAACCCGGACGAUUUUCGCAUAAUAGUCCACAGCAUGAACCCUAAUUAUGGCCAUCUUGACCCUAUUGCUGUUGGAGCCCUCAUAGCCAUUGCCAUCCUUGCAAGCUUCAGCACAAAGGCUUCUUCCAUGUUCAACAAAAUUGCCACAAUUCUCCACUUAUUUGUCAUUGUCUUCAUCAUCGUCGUUGGCCUAAUCAAUGCCAACCCGGAAAACUACUCAUCAUUUACGCCUUUUGGUACUCGAGGCAUUUUCAAAGCUUCGGCUGUUCUUUUCUUUGCUUACAUAGGUUUUGAUGCUGUUUCAACUAUGGCUGAGGAAACUAAAAACCCUGGAAGAGACAUUCCUAUUGGACUUGUUGGCUCAAUGGUGAUUAUCACUUUAAUAUAUUGUUUACUAGCAUCAACACUUUGCCUUAUGCAGAACUACAAAACCAUCGAUGUCAAUGCGCCUUUUUCCGUUGCGUUUAGUUCAAUUGGAUGGGGAUGGGCUAAAUACAUUGUUGCAUUGGGAGCAUUAAAAGGAAUGACGACCGUUUUGUUGGUUAAUGUUGUCGGUGCUUCGCGUUAUUUAACACACAUUUCUCGUACUCACAUGAUGCCUCCUUGGUUUGCUCUUGUUCACGAAAAAACCGGAACACCUUUGAAUGCUACAAUUGCAAUGGUUAUAUCUACUGCUAUGGUUGCAUUUUUCACAGAUCUUCGUAUUCUAUCGAACUUAUUAUCAAUUUCAACGCUUUUUAUUUUCAUGCUUGUGGCAGUUGGGAUUUUAGUCCGUCGUUAUUAUUCGACCGGUGUAACUACAAAAGAGAAUCAAAUUAAGCUAAUUGUGUGUAUUGUGUUGAUUAUUGGAUCUUCAUGUGGCAUGUCUGGUUAUAGAGCAAUGAGUAAUGGUUGGAUUGGUUGGGCAGUUACUGUUCCAUUUUGGCUAUUAGGAACAGGAGGUGUUUGGUUUCUUGUUCCAGAAGCAAAGAAACCUAAAGUUUGGGGGGUACCUUUAGUUCCAUUGUCACCUUCAUUUUCUAUUGCUAUUAAUAUAUUUCUUCUUGGAUCUAUUGAUAAAGAUUCAUAUAUAAGGUUUGGGAUAUGGUCAGGGAUUUUGUUGAUUUAUUAUGUUCUGAUUGGGCUACAUGCUUCUUAUGAUGCAUCAAAGGAGGUUGAGAGUAGACAUUAUAUGGCCCAAUAUAUUGACAAGGAGAUGGAGAUUAAGGACAAGGAGAUUAAGAAUGUAGAAGAGGAAUGUAAAAUUUAG